GAAAAUUGCUUUCACAUCAGCCAGGAAAAUGGACAGUCUAGUACUGGCUGGAAUUUUGAUGGUACCACUCUUAAUUUUGGGAAUGUUUGGCAAUUUACACUUGGUUUAUGCUACCUGGAAAUUUAAGCAGUUACAGCAUCGCAACGGCAUUCUGGUCGCGAUUAUUGCUUCCCUUGAUUUCGUGGGUUUUUCGAAUAUAAACUAAAA